AUGGUGAAUGCUGGUGAGUCAACAAUAAUUGAUGUUGAUGAGUCAUAUAGGCAUAACGGCCUAUCUUUAUAUUUUUAUUACAUUUUAUCAAUAUUUGAUUAUUUAAUAAUAGUUAAAAUUUUAAUGGUGAUAGAAUUUUUUUAAUUCCAUUUGUUUAAGCUAUUCAAACUGAUCCAUGGCCAGCAAAUGAGACAACAAAUGAGACAGAGUUAGGGCAAGAGGAUGAAUCAGAAGAUGAGCAGGAAAUGCAGGACGACACGUAUAAGGAGUUUGAGUGUGAUGAAGACCCUACAUGGAGUCCUGAAGAAAUCGAAGAUACAUAUAAAAAACUAAAGGAAGAUGAUGACUCGGUGAAGACUCAUCAGAACCCAAGGUGCAAAGAUGCAAAAUUUAUUGCAUUUUAACAUCUUAGCUCUAAGUAUCCUCUGGGAAGUGAUUUAGGCCUAAAACUAACUUCCAUCAUGAGAGGAUCUAUUUAGAAACAAGAGUACAUGAAAUUUGUUUUUUAAUUUACUCAGAUAAGAAUUGCAACAAAAAAAAAAAAAGAAGAAGAGGCAUAGCCAGCCCAUAGACUGGAAGUCCCAGGCCUAAAAAUGUUUGGUUUGUCCACUCAACCACUUGCAAUAAAUUAUGCAUCGUUGGGGUGGGCUAGAUAGCUUAAGGGCUCAAAGUUGUCAUGUGUGCAAUCAACAGAAUAAUUAUAAAAAAAGCAUUUUUCCGGAUGUAUGUGAGAAUAAAAUCCCAACCCACAAUUAGCCAGGUUUACAACAAGUUGAAAAACUGGCAACACCCUGAGAAAAACAAUGAAAAUGAUAAUCAUUUUUUUAUUGUUAUUUUAUUAUUUCAGAUGCUAUGAUUAAAUAAGUUUUUUCUUUCAAUCAUUUUUUACAGGUUGGAUCUACAAGGAAAAAACAUUCGAGAGGAACCAAAGGGAAUUGUUUUCCUUUCCAAACUUCUUCUUUUGUUUCAGUUCUGCCACUUGUGCUUCUUUUCAAAACCCAAACUUUCUGUAUCACAGACAGGUACCUUGUUAACCGUAGAAAGUUUCUGCAGAAACUGUAGCCAGACAAAAGUCUGGAAGAGUCAACCAGACCUGCUAGGAAAGUUUCCAGCAGGUAACCUGCUAUUAAGUUUUGCAGUGCUCUGUGAGCCGAGUGAAAAGAAAGAAACGAUACAUUAA